AUGGAUCUUUCUCGAAACAACUUGUCUGGUCAAGUUCCAGACUUCUUUGAGGGCUUCAGCUCCAUGUCACUUCUCAAUUUGUCAUUCAACAACCUAGAUGGACCCAUGCCAACUGGUGGGAUCUUCCAAAAUGCAAGCAAGGUGUUCGUCCAAGGGAACAAAGAGUUGUGUGCCGUCUCGUCAAUAUUGAGAUUGCCACUUUGCCACACGGCUGCAUCUCAACAAAAACACAGAUUCCACAUUCGGAAGAUAAUAGGAUUAUCUGCUCUUGCCUUAGUCAUGUUAUCAUGUUUUGGAGUCAUUUUUCUGAAGAAGAGAAAGAAAGUCAAACAAGAAGAUCAUCCAUCCUUCAAGGAGUUAAAGAAGUUCACAUAUGCUGAUUUAGUGAAAGCAACAAAUGGUUUCUCUCUUAGCCAACUUGGACAUGAGUUCAAAGCUCUUCUCCUUGAAUAUAUGGUUAAUGGCAACCUUGAAAGUUGGCUCCAUCCAACACUCCACGAGCAUCAUCUGAAAAGGCCCUUGUCUUUGAGUUCAAGAAUAGCAAUAAUAGUGGACAUAGAAGCCGCUUUGGAUUACCUGCAUAACCAUUGCAUGCCUCCUAUGACACACUGUGAUCUGAAGCCAAGCAAUGUCCUUCUGGAUGAUGUCAUGGGUGCAUGUGUUGGCGACUUCGGGUUGACUAAGUUCGUACACAGUUAUACUUCAACAAUUGAUGGUUCUACAAGCUUAGUUGGACCAAGAGGAUCAGUUGGAUACAUUGCACCAGAAUAUGGCUUUGGGAGCAAAAUCUCCACUGAGGGUGAUGUAUACAGCUAUGGAGUUAUCAUCUUAGAAAUGCUCACAGGAAAGCGUCCAACUGAUGAGAUGUUUAAAGAUGGCCUGAGCCUUUACAAUUUUGUGGAAAAAUCAUUUCCUGAAAAGAUUGGUGAGAUUCUAGAUCCGAGAAUCAUUCCCUGUUAUGCGGACCAAGAUGAAGAAGCAGGAAGGGCUGUGCACCAAGAAAAUCAUCAUCAAAUGGCUGGAAUGAGCUGCAUCAUCAGGCUUGUUAAGAUUGGCCUCAUGUGCGCUGCGGAGACACCCAAGUAUCGGCCCUCGAUGCAGGACGUUUACAUUGAGGUCACCGCAAUCAAAGAAGCAUUUUCAGCACUACAGGGUUGA